AUGACUUACCCUCUAACAUUAAUUUACAAUAAAGCACUGUCUGAAGGCUCAACACCUCUAGCCUGGAAGCAGUCACAUAUUACACCGUUGUUUAAAAAAGGAAGUCGUCUUGAUGCCGCUAAUUACAGACCAGUGUCUAUCACUUCAGUUCCAUGUGAAGUAAUGGAAAAGAUUAUCAAGGAACAGAUAACUAAAUAUCUUGAAAAAACGAGCUGCAUCUCAAAUAAUCAACAUGGAUUUAUGUCCAAAAAGGGAUGCACGUCUAACUUAUUGGAAAGUAUCGACUACAUUACAAAAGCGUUAAGCAAAAGAAAUUUUGUCGAUAUUGCAUUUUUGGACUUUGCAAAAUCGUUUGAUAAAGUUUCUCAUCGUAGACUAAUACAUAAAUUGAAAGCAUAUGGGAUCAAUGGUAAUGUUGGCAAAUGGAUUGAGUCAUUUUUGACUAGCAGAAAACAACGAACAGUUUUAGAAAUAAAACCUGAGUUUCACGAUGCUGAUUGUCUGAUUCUUCAAAAUGAUUUAAACAUUAUCUCAGAGUGGUCAAAAGAAUGGCCUAUGGAAUUAAAUGUUGCAAAGUGUAAAGUUGUGCACUUUGGUCACGGAAAUAUAAAUCAUGAAUAUGUAAUGAAUGAUGGUAAUACAUUUCUUAUUAUAGCGGCAACGGAUGUUGAAAGAGACCUGGGUAUCUUUUUAUCUAACGACCUAAAAUGGAAUCAACACAUAGAGGUUGCGACACGUAGAGCAAAUAUGAUACUUGGCCUACUAAAAAAAACAUUUAGAUCAAGAGAUAUUAAGCUUUGGGGUAAACUAUAUACUACAUAUGUUAGGCCGCACCUGGAAUUUGCUGUUCCGGUAUGGUGUCGGCGUCUCAAUUUUACUUCUUUGGAAACUCGCAGGCGACGCGGCGACUUGAUCCAACAGUUUAAACUUGAAAACGGUUUUGAGAUUAUUAAUUGGCAUAAUCGCAGAACACCAUCCAACGUACUAACGCGUGAUUCCACUUACAAUAAUGCUCGACAUAAUUUCUUCAGAAUUCGUAUUGUGAAUGAUUGGAAUUAUUUACCGUUGUCAUGCAAAAAGACUCCGUCAAUUAACCCAUUCAAAAGUAGAAUUGACAAGUAUUUUUUUCCUACAGCUGCAAACAGCGCAUCUUUUACUGAAGAUGAGCUGCACGUUUAA